CGAGAUAGUGCGAGGUCUUCAGUGGCAGCUGAGGAAGUUGUUCUCCCCGGAAUCCUUCUGAAAGAACGCGGGAGCGUAUAAACAGGAGAUGUGUCUCAUGUCCCGCAAGAUGUAAGGGAUGACGUCUUCAACUUCUUUUCUUUUCCACCGACUUAUGUUGGGGAGCGUGUGGCUGGGUUUGAUUGCACUGGUCGCUCAAGCUCAAAGCCCACCACGGUUACUACCUGAAGCAUAUGAUCUUGAACGAAUAGUCCCGGAGGGAACGACUGUUCAACUUCCAUGUCCAAUCGAAGCCGAUCCGGACACAUUAUUUUUUGAGUGGUACCGCAAUAGGCAACCCUUGGAUGCCUUCGCUGAUGAAAGAUUUCGCAUACAAGGAAAUGGUGUCCUGAGAAUCAAGUCUGUGAUACCCGAAGACACGGGACUUUUCGUUUGCAGAGCUGUGAAUGGAUUUGGGAAAGCAGAUGUCAAUGUUACUCUAAUCGUAUUGGGGUCGCCAGAUGAGGAACAAAGCUUCAACAUGGAGACUACUAGGAUGUUUGAUGAGCCGUCCCAUACCGACGAUGACAUCGAUCUUGAACCGAAGGGCAAGCCACAGUUUACCUCAAUCUCAAAUUUUGCCAACAACGUCGUUCAGAGAUUGGUUGGAAGCUCUGUCAAUUUGAAAUGCUUCGCAAGAGGGGAUCCGUCACCACAGAUAUCUUGGUUUAAAAAUGGAAAAUCAUUGCCGGAUUCUAAUCUUCCGGCAUACACCAACGGUGGACACUGGAUUCUGUCUUUGCACAAUUUGCAAGCUUCAGACACUGGGAACUACACUUGUGUGGCUCAAAAUGAUUUUGGAUCAGUUAAUGCUAGUUUCAUUGUGAAAGUUCUUGAGCGAGUGCGGUCCAAACCAGAAUUCAUUUCCAGCUAUCCUAUCAAUGUUACCCGACCCCAUGCUGGGGAAUCUGCUGCUCUUCAAUGUUUAAUUACCAGUGAUAUCCCGCCUAACGUGCAAUGGUUGAAACAUGUGUCUGGAGGAGUAACACCAUACAAGGGUUCGACGCCGCUCAAACUCUUGGGAGAAUUCUUCCACGUCUUGAAAUCAACAGAAUUUAUUGAAAGAAUGGAUGGAACUUAUCUGAGUAAACUAGUCUUCAAAUCCCUUGUCGAAGGAGAUCAAGGAAAAUAUAUAUGCUUAGCAGCUAAUGCUAUGGGAUUCACCUCCCGAAGUGCCUUCCUAACAAUCCUACCAAGACAAAAUAGCGACGUCUUUAUUGAAAAUAAAAUAUCCAUCCCAUUCCCAUUAGUGGUUGCUAUGAUCAUCUGCGGUGCCAUAAUCUUUGCUGGUAUUCUUGGGCUAAUCCUGUAUUGUCGAACACGAAAGCAUUCAUCCACAGCAUCCAGAGAUACUUCAUUAGCAGCUACCAACACUACGAGUAGCUCAUCCUCCAAGACUGGUUCUAGCAGCACCACUGAGCGGAAGCAUUCAUAUGUUGGCUUGACCUAUCAACCUCACUUGAGUGGCAUGGGUAUGAGGGAAGAGCCAGGAUUGCCGUCCCAAACAAGAAUCUAUGCUUCUGGUCAACUGCACAGGACAGUGCCCUUGCAUUCCAUAUUCCUGUAAAUGAUAUCAUGUAUUCUUGUAAAUGUUGAUGUUUGUUGUUUAACUUUCCUGAUUUGUAAAACGUCCUUUCGGGCAAUUUGAAAUCAAAACUGAUUAUAAAUGCCAAUGUAUCAUAAAUGUCUCAUACGUAACAUCAUCCCUCAGCGUUUUUAAUGGUUGUACUCAAGAGAUAAGAAAAGGACUUAUAUUGCUGCCAUUUGUCAUUGUAAGUGAACUUAGAA